AUGGUAGAUAAUAAUAUUGUUGAAGCUUCUAUUCACCUUGAAGUACUUUCACAUGAUGAUGAUGAUAACCGAAGUAGUUCUGCUCGUAGUCAAAUUCAGGAUAUCCUUUUAAAUAGAGUUCAAACACCUCCAAUAACACGAUCACGAUCACCAUUCACUGUUUCAAGCCAAGGUUCAAAUCAAAAUUUAAUGACGACACCAACUUCUGCUCAACUUAUUGAUGAAAAUCGAUAUUUAAACGAUGAAUUAAAUCGAGUCGAAACAAUACUUAACUUAACUCGAGCUGAAAAAGAUGAAUUAAGUAUACGUUAUAAUGCUUUAUCUGAUCGGCUCGAGCAAUCCUUACGUGCACAAGGUAUUGACAUAUCAUCAGAUUCUAAUAAUGGUGAACCUGAAAGACGUAUUCUUGUUCAACAAAAUAUUGAUUUACGACGAAAACUUGAAGAAGAACAUCAAAAUUAUAAACGUAAAUUAUCGAAUUAUCAAGAAGGACAACUAAAACAAGCACAACUUGUACAAAAGCUUCAACAAAAAGUUUUACAAUAUAAAAAUCGAUGUACAGAACUUGAAUUAUUAAUUGAACAACAUAAAAAUGAUAUGGACCGUAUUCGACUCACUUCGGCUAGUAAUGCUACAUCAUCAUUGAUUUUUGAAUCACGUAUAACACAACAUAAUGAUGAAGAAAAUAUAGCAACAAUUACACUCGAAGAAGAAAAACACAAAUCAGCUAAUCUUGUACAAUUAAAUACAAUGUUACGAGAACAACUUGAUCAAGCUCAUUUAACUAAUCAACAAUUAAGCGAAGAACAACGUCGUACAACAACUGAACUACAAAAAUUACGUGAAGAUUUUACACAAAAAGCACAUGAUUGGAAACAAGAAGAACGAGUUUUUAAUCAAUUUUGUAAUAAGGAACAUAAUCAUAUGUAUGAAUUAUGGCGUGAUAUUGUUACAUUUCGUAAACAAUUUAUUGAACUCAAAGGCACAACUGAACGUGAUUUAAUGCGUGUUCGAAAUGAUCUUGCACAAACAGGACGAUCAUUAACAAGUGCUUGUUUUGGAUUUUUAACUGUAGCUAAAACAGCUGAAACUCAAGGACAAGCUGCAUCUGAACGUGAACGUCAUGAUCGUACAAAUUUAGAAAGUCAAAUUCGAGAGAAAACACGAGAAAUUUCUGAUUUACAACAAAGAUUACAAGAAACAUCAUUAUUAAAUGAAAAAUUGCGUUUUCAAUUGGCUGAAAAAGAUGGCACUAUUACGACUUUAGCACGUGCUAAUCAAAUUCAAAAUCAAGCAACGGAAACGUCAUCUUCGGCUCUAGAAACACGUACUCGAGAAAUUAAUGCUGAUACAGAACGACUUCAUCAACGAUUACGAGAUAUAGCACAAUCUGUACUUAAUGAUGAUGAUGAUAUAUUCGAUAAUGAUUUAGGACGAACAUCACCUCGACGUUUAUCACCAUUACGAGGUGCCGAUCGAUUUGAUUCACCUGAUCGAGCUUAUAGUCGACUUCGUUCACCUCGAUCAAAUUCACCUCAACGUCCAACACAAGCAUCUCGACCACAUUCUCGCAAUGUUUCACCAUCAUUUGCCGACAGUACAUUUAGUGCUGUUCAGGCUGCAUUAAAUAAACGACAAGUUCAGGUUCAUGAUUUACAAACAAAAUUAAAUAGUGCACGUGAUACAAUUCAACAAUUAAAAGAUCAAUUGAAUCAAAGUGAUGCUGAACGACGACAUUUAGACCAACAAGCAACAACUUAUAAAUUACAAAUUGAAGAAUUACGACGACAAUUUGAUGAUACAGCAACUGAACGUGAUCGUUCAAAAACAGCACUUGAAACAUCAAAUCAUGAACGUACAAAUAUGGAAAAAAUUCGUAUUACACUUAAUUCUCAAAUUGAUUCAUUGCGUGCCGAUUGUGAACGUUUACAACAAUCAAAUACAGAAGUUCAACGUCAACGUGAUAUACUAGAAGAAGAAAAAGAUGAUUUACAAAAAGAUAAAAUUCGACAAGUUAAAGAAAAUGAACGUUGCAUUAAAGUUAUUGAUAAUCUUGAAAAUAAAAUUUCACAAUUAAAAACAGAUAUAACAGAAUUACGUGAACAAUAUCACAAAGAAAAAUUAACUAAAGAUGUUCUUGCACAAGAAAAACAUGUACUUGGUGAUGCACUUUCACGUUCAGAAUCUUAUCGUGCUGAAAUUGAACUUGAUCUUAGUAAAGAACGAAGUGAAAAUGCAACUUUACGAGAUUUACUUUGUAAAAUACAAGCACUUAAUGAAGGUCUUGCACAAGAUAAAAUUGAAUUAAAUAAAAUUAUUUUAUUGGUUGAGCAAGAAAAAAGUUCUAUACAUAAUGAAAAAUCUGAUGUUGAACAAGAUAAAACCACACUUCGACAAGAACUUGUAAAAGUUGAACAAGAAAAAAUUGAUGUUGAAAAUGAACGAGAUACUCUUCUUCAUCGUCUACAAUUAACUGAAGUCACUCGUCAACAAAUUGAACAAGAAUUAAACAUUGUUAAUAAAGAAAAAGUUGAAAUCAUUGAACAAUUUCAACAGUUGAAUCGAAUAAAAAAUACUUUAGCUGAAGAUUUAAUUGCUGCUAGAAAAGAUAUUGAACGACUUAGUGAACAUAAUGCACGUUUAAAUAAAGAAAAAGAAGAAUUAACUAAAGAACGUGGUAAUCUUGUUGUUGAUCUUAGUGGUACUGAACGUGACAAUCAAACAUUAAAUUCAACAAUCAGUGCAUUACGUGCUGAAAAAGAAGCUCUCGAAACAAAUCUUUAUGAAGCACAAAAUACAAUAAGUCAACUUGAAGUUAGAAAAGAACAAUUAGAAGGUGAAAAUCAAGAAUUAUUGUUACGUAAAGAACAACUUCAAGGUGAAAUUCAACGAUUACAUGCUGAAUUAAAUGUUGAAAUUGAAAAAUCUGCUCGUCAACGUGAACAAUUACAUCUACGUUUAACACAAUUAGAACAUGAUAAAGAAACAACUGUUCAGCAACAUCAUAGAGCUCAUGAAGAUGAUAUUGAACGUAUGACACGUGAACGUGAAAAACUUCGUCAUGAAUUAGAAGCAGUACGUGAAGAAACUAUUCGACAAUUAACACGUGACAAAGAUGAUUCUGUACAACGAUAUGAAAAAGAAAAAGAAGAUUUACAUUAUGAAUUAGCUAAUAUUAUUACAGAACGUGAUCAAGCUUUAAUUGAAGCUGAAAAUGAAAAACAAAAAGUAUGA